UGAGUAGACUAUUUUUCAUUAGUCCUCCAAAAUCCGCCUGAAGAGGAGGCCACACCCGACCUAAGUUGAGGUAGCUAUUCUUUGGUGAAGAAGGUAUUGGACGGGGCCAGGACUAGGAUAAAUCCGGUCCAGUGCGUUCCAAAACGCUCUCGGAUCCUUGGCUCAAGUUUGACUCGAGAUCCUCAGAGGGGCUGCAGCCCAAAGUUCGAGCUGCCUUCGGCGGGCGCGCGGCCACCCGGCCAACAUCGCGAGCCCAAGCCCCAUGACCCCCAAGAUCCUUUUGCCCUGCCUGCUCCUCGGCCUCGCGGAGGCUACCGCCUACCCAUCGUGCGACGCGACGACGACAGAAGCCUUCCUCGAAGAGACGACGGAAGAGCCAGCGCCGGACAUCCCCUUGGAGCUCCAAGUUCAGGGCCAGAGCGGCAAGUUCACUCUCGUGCCGAAGGGCUCGUCGGGGGCCUCUGUGGGCAUCCGCGUGACGAUGGACGCGCUGAGGGAGGUGGACGCAGAUGGCAACGAAGUGGGUACGUCUGGGGCUGUGAAGCAUUCGAUCAACACCUUUGCAAGCCAGGACUUUACGGUGGGCGAUAUGGAGACCGUCCGCAUCGGCUCUGGAGUAUCUGCCGCCAAGGUGUCGUUCGAUUCAAGCAUCUCGGAGAUCGGACGAAUCGGCGUCGACACCUACGUCAUGGCCCAGUCGGGAACGGUGGGGAUGUCCAACGAGUCGUGGGACGUCAACAUCGGAGACUUGAAGUGGAAUAUCCGCCUCUGGGACUGGACCUGGUGCGACGGCUCCAACUGCAAACAGGGCCAGACCGAGCAGGUCGGCGCGUUCGUCGAGCUCGACAUUACGGUGCAGAAUUUGGGGGGUGGGAGCGCCAACCAGGGCAGCGGGAAGUCCGUGUCUCUGGGCAGCAACGCGACGCUCGAGCUGUCGACGCAGGUGCAGAAAGACUGCGCGUGGGAGCAGCUGCCGGCCGAGUUCCCGUCCAUCAGUACCCAGGGCAGCCAGACCACCGUCACCUUUCGCUUCCCGCGCUUCGAGACCUCCUGCCUGUACGAUCCCGUUCUGUCUGGCGCAGCGGACGAGAUGGGUGUCGACGUUGACUCUCCCACCCCGGCCCCAGCGCCCGAUGAUGACGUGGCUAGCGCGGCCGCGUCGGCCACACUCGGCGCCGCUGCGCUCUGCUCCUUGAGCGCGGUGGCGGUUUGGGGCUAAGAGUCGCCAAAGAGCGUCCUCCAACAUUUCACGUGCAAUGCCCCUAUGCCUCGGCAGAACUUUUAUGGAAUUCUGAGGUAGGCGAGACCCGUCUAUCACGGGUGUGGAGGCAAGGACGAAGUUGUUUGGCUCCACCCCACGAUCAGGGAGGCUUUUCCUCCUCCAAGCAACGGAUGGGCGAGUGGAGUAGCUUGAGCUAUACUUGGCCGCGGGGUCAGGCUGGUGCCCGUCCCUUGCACGAACCCGCGUUCGGCUGUUCGGCGCUCCCCUCCGUGACGGCACGUGCUCCGCCCGCGGGCGUGGCAGCGCGUGUUUUUUUUGUUUUUUAGUAUAGUGUAUCAUUCAAGACAGUGUGCGCGAGAGGUCCUCCUAGUGAUACCGCCUCUCAAUCGGGACCGCGCGUGCUCCGCGCGCCAGCUCGAAAGCGCGCGCAGCUCACUGCAGGGCAGCACGCCCGAGAGUUGAGCUUCCGAACCUCAUCAUCGGGAAGUCUGUUCGGCCUUGUUAGAAUAACAAAAAAAAACGCUCUCAGAUCCUUCUGGAACGCUCCGAGAAGGGCGCAGCACCCGAGACAUUCUCCAUAGCCACUGGAUCUCAGAGAUGCUCGAUGUAGCUUCGCCCGAAGUUACCCGC